AUGCUAACAGUAUCUUCUUCAUCUUUCACACCUAUAAUUCGUGGGCCGAUUUUCCGUUGUCGCCGUCGUUCAUCAUCAUCCGAUCUCUAUCGUCCACGUACAAUUAUUCUUGAAAAGUCAACACCUAGUGCAUCCUAUGGUUUCUCCAUUCAAACAUACGGUUUUACUUCAUUAAAUUCUUUAUCGUGUGAUGAAUCACUUAUAUCUUCAUCAUCUGAAAGUAUAACAAGCCGCAAGUCAUCAGCAUCAACGUUAUUUUGUUCGUCAUCACAAACACCACCAAUACAAUUGGUAACAUAUGUUGAUUAUGUACAAGAUAGAAGUCCGGCAUGGGAAGCAGGCUUACGUCCUGGAUCAGUUAUUUUAUCUGUUAAUGAUAAAACAGUCGAGAAUGAUGAUCAUGAAACAUUAGUUCAACGUAUAACUCAGCCGUCAUCAACACAAUUAAAAUUAAUCAUUGUUCAACAGAAUAUUAACAAACAAAUAACACUGUGCGAAAAAUUACAACAAUUACAUAAACAAUUACAUGAUAAAGAAGAAGAAUUAGAAGCAUUAUGCAAACAAGAAAUAGCUAAUGAGCAAGAUACAUCCGUUAAAGAAAUUGAAUCUCCAUUGCCUCGACUUCAACUUCUAACUGUUAACCCACCACAACGUGACUCAUCAUUUUGUCAUGAUAAAAUUCCACUAGAUUGGCGUCAAAGCGUAACAAAUUUUGCUCAUCAGCGAAAAUCAAUAAAUCGAACUUUACCGUCGCUAAUAUAUUCAUCUGCAUCAAAAUAUCUAAAGAAUCAUCAAUUAAAUCCUUCGCAACGUUAUCAACGUAGCAUGUCAUUAACAACAAUUGUUUUUAAUUAUUCAAAAUCAUCUUUACGUCAUCAUCAUUCACUGCUACUAAAGCCUCCAGCAACAAAACAUCGUCGAGCACUUUCAUAUGAAGAAUUAUUUUCAUCGAAUCACAAUAAACACAAUAUUUAUUUUGAUAGUCAACGACCAGAUGAAAGUAUGAUUGAAUCUGGUUGUUCGUUAGCAAUGGAUUUAUCAAGAAGUGCGGAUAGAAAAAAAUCUGAAUCUGAGUCAUCAUCAUCAUCAUCCACAAUUACAAUCAAUACAGAUGAUGUUGAAAAUAAUCAAAAAGAAAAAAAUGAGAAUAAAGUCAAACAAUUCAAAUGGAAAUUGAGAAUUAAUAAAUAA